AAUUUUUAAUUUCUUACUAUUUGGGGAGUUUGGUUUUUUGCUUCUUCUGUCUUUUUCUUGAGUUUUCUGAGGCUUUUUUACUGCCCAUUUCUGUCUCUUCUUCCCUCUCUCAACUUCCAUUAAUCUUUGUGCGUUUAGGGUUUUGGUUCUGUUUUGAAGCUGACUGAAGAUUCUUGGAAUUGCAGUGGGUUACUGUCAGAUUGUUCAGAUCAGAUUGUCUGUAAUUGCUUCUUUGAGUUUUGGGAGUUUGAUUCUUGCAACGUAGAGGAAAUAGCUGGAAUCUAAAAUUUUACCAAUCUGAGAAGUUGAAGUUUUGGUUGAUUGGAAAAUGCGAGAAAGGUGGCGCGGAAUUGUGAUCUUGCUUCUAUUUGGGAUGUGUAUCAAUGCGUUAGGUGCGUUUGUGGGGGUUAACCUUGGGACCGGUGUCUCCAAUCUUCCAUCAGCUUCCGAUAUAGUUGCAAUUCUUAAAUCCCAUCAAAUCACUCACCUCCGCCUUUACAAUGCUGAUUUUCAGCUGCUAAAGGCCCUAACAAACAGUAGCAUUGAAGUAAUUGUUGGUGUGACCAAUGAGGAAGUUCUCAGGAUUGGUGAAUCUCCGGCAGCUGCUGCAGCUUGGGUUAAUAAAAAUGUUGCGGCUCACUUGCCAGGAACAAAUAUUACAGCUAUUGCUGUUGGCAGUGAGGUUCUAACAACAAUUCCUCACGUUGGUCCAGUCUUAGUUCCAGCCAUGUAUUCACUACACAAAGCCUUGGUUGCUGCUAAUCUAAACUAUCUGAUCAAGGUUUCCACUCCCCAAUCAAUGGACAUAAUACCUCGGGCUUUCCCUCCGUCCACUGCUUCCUUUGACGCUUCAUGGAACUCUACGAUCUAUCAGCUCCUCCAGUUUUUAAAGAACACAAAGUCCUUCUACAUGUUGAAUGCCUAUCCUUAUUAUGGCUACACUAGUGGGAAUGGAAGUUUUCCACUUGAUUAUGCACUUUUCCGAUCACUUCCCACAAUUAAGCAGAUUGUUGACCCAAACACUCUUUUCCAUUAUAAUAGUAUGUUUGAUGCUUUGGUUGAUGCGACCUACUACUCAAUCGAGGCUUUCAACUUUUCUGGGAUUCCCGUUGUAGUUACUGAGACUGGCUGGCCAUCGUUUGGUGGAGCAAAUGAACCUGAUGCUACAAUUCAAAAUGCUGGCACCUACAUUAGCAAUCUGAUCAGGAGAGUUUCAAAUGAUUCAGGUCCACCUAGUCAGCCAACUAUUCCAAUCAACACAUACAUUUAUGAGUUGUUUAAUGAAGACAAGAGGCCAGGCCCGAUCUCGGAAAAAAAUUGGGGUAUACUUUUCCCCAAUGGAUCUGCUGUUUAUCCUUUGAGUUCAAUGUCUGGCCGUGCAACAGCAAAUUCUUCUGUAGUUUAUUGUGUGGCUAAAGAUGGUGCAGAUGAAGAUAAGUUGCAAGACGGCUUGAACUGGGCUUGUGGACAAGGAGGGGCAAACUGUGCAGCAAUUCAGCAAGGGAGGCCAUGCUUUCUCCCGAAUAACAUUACUGACCAUGCUUCUUAUGCAUAUAAUGAUUACUAUCAGAAAAUGCGUGGUGCUGGUGGAACGUGCGACUUCGAUAGCACAGCUAUGCUCACGACGGUUGAUCCUAGUCAUGGGUCUUGCAUAUUCACGGGAAGUUCAAAUUCAAGUGGUGGAGGUGGAUUUUCUCCUCCAGCAUCGGGGCCUUCAGGUCUGCUUCCUGGUGCAAGUUCAAAGUUGCAGAUAUCUUCAUUUCAGCUCUUCAUUUUGGUAAUUUUUUCUUGGGCUUUGAUGUUUAUUUUUACAUGAAAAGUAGAUUGUUCUUCAACUUCAAUAGCCAAUACCAUUCUUCAGAUUCCUAAUUUAUUGAGCACAAAUGAAGAGAGCAUGAUCUCUUCAACACCACCUGGUUUAAAAUGUUCAUCACAUGUAGGUGUUUUGUUUAUUAUUGUUCAUUGUAGUUUGUAACUUACUCUUCUGAGCUGGUAGUAACUGGGUUUAGUUUAUGAUUAAUUUAUAUUAUUUUUGGAAUUAAUACUUUCCAUUUUUGGUUAUGGAGGGAAAGUCUAUGGAAAAACCAAUCCAUGAUCUUUGUUUACCAUCUAGAAUUUUGGAAUUGAUAUGUCAUAUUUGUUAA